GUUUCGAUUGCUCGUUGCCAUAGCUGAAUAAAUAUUACACCAGAAUAAAAAUGAUAAUGUACUAUCCAGCAUGGAUUGUAUUAAGUUUGACUAUUUUACAGUUAUUAUGUGGUGCGAUUACAAUGGUUAAUAUCGAUCCGAGUUCUAAAGAAGUUUCGAACAAACCUAUCAUAUCAGGAAAAGAUCAUGAACUUGAAACCGAAAAAAUUCGAAUAUUUAAUCGACGAAGAAUAUAUGAGCCAUUUCAUUCGAAAAUUUCUGGAAGCAAAACAUCACGGAUCUACCAGGAAUCGAUACCGUAUAACAAUCGUCGUCGUAUUUGGCGUCCUCCAAAAAACGUUCACUAUAUGCAAGGUCCUAAACCACCAAAUUAUUCUCAGGAGCUUAAAGAGGCCGUUGCAAAAUUAAAUCCAGACAACUGGAACUACGAACACCCAGGACAACCAAAACCAAUACGAAAGAACCCUCCUACUCUUAUGGCCGAAUAUUUUGGAACGUGGAAGUGGGGUUAAGAUUGAAAAAUGUCAAAUAUUAAGGGUUAAAUACCGCUUUGAUAAAUAAAAACAAAACUUAA